AUGAAAACCACUUCAAACUUCUCAAUUGUUCUCCUCUUUCUAGCAUUCCUGUGGGAAACUGCUACUGCCGAUGAUACCCUCUCGCGUUAUAAGCGACCACUUCCACCGAAUGUCCAAAUAGCCGACACGAAGCCUAAACUCCGCGAAUUUCAAGACGCGAACCCUGGCGCACUGGUCGGUCCCGAAAACGGUGGUUGGUUUCUCAAGUAUCCAGAUAGCGGUAAAGUUGUGGCGGCUUCAUCUGACAACUUGACCAUCGAACUGGACCAGCGGAAGAAGGGAACCACGAAGAGGCUGCCGAUGUACUCCGGGAACUACAAGAGAAUGGAGCUGAUUUGCAAAAGCUAA